CAAUUGGACUUUCUUUAAAUUGCGUUGGUAGCGUUUCGUUGUAAAAUUUUCAACUUUCAGUGUUCUUAAUUCAAUUUUUAAUUCAACUUUACUGUAUCUUCGACCCACUACUUUCAAUUCGACUUUCUUUGCGUUGGGAGCUCCAUUGUAAAAUUAAUAAAAUUAAAUUUUAGAAAUUCGUACGCACUUUAUCCUCGAUUAAAUGAUUUCGAUAUUUUUAUUCUGGGUUAUUCUUAAUCUCAACCAUUUUUGCAACAUCUUAUCUCGACGAUCUUCUUCCGUGAGAGAUUAUUUUACGUUCAGCAACUGUAAUUAAUCGCGAGUGGUACGCUCGAUGCGAAUGGAAGGGUGAAUUUGAUUGCUCAUUAGGCAAAUGAAGAACAGGCGUUCUCCGGGUUCUUACGAAGGUUUCUCUUUAAAACACGGCCGCUACAAUGACCCAGUCGCCAGGUUUGCUCGAUAUAUCGAUUUUGCGAAGACAACAGAAGGAGCGCCCACGAGGAGUGUUCCACCUUACUGCCUCAAAAUAAGAAACGCGAUACUAUUUCGAAUAAAAAAAGCAUCGUCAAACACAUCUAAAUAACGUAUUACCAAUAAUCCAUACAGGUAUUAAAAGUGCAUAAGGUCGAUCGAGAAUGAACGUGCGGCGUUGGUUUUAUUCGUGAUCAAUUAUUUAAGAGAACUUCUACCUGCCUUUACUAAAACGUUAGGUCGUUUCAUAUAUUCAUGCCUCUUAUUUUUCUGUUAUUCCAAUUGACAUAUGAAAAUAUUCAAAUUACCUAGGAAAAUUUCUCUCGUUUUACAAUAUUUUCCCAUCUUUCUGACAUGGUCAUUAUACAGUCUCUAAACAAUUUUUGUAGUUUUAUUUAUUAUGUAUUUUAUUAAGUAUCGCCUCAGUCUACAGAACGAAUUUAUGGGACGACCUAAUAUUUAUGACUGUAGCAUUAGUAAACAAAAUAAGCUUCAAUCCACUGCUUUUAAUCGGACUAAUUACUAUCGAGACAUCCUGAUACCUUCGAUAGACCGAAAUAUUUUAAUGAAAAAUGAUCGUGAAUGAUCGAGUGAAAUGUUUCGCAAGUAAACGGGGAGGAAUCGUGAAGGGUUAAAGGGUUACGCGAAAAAGCGUCGGUGGCGGCUGGACCCGCAAUGAUAGUCAAUAAACAGUGAGUAAGAGAGAGCACCAGUCGGAGUGGCAUUAAUAAAUUAGUGUCUAGUUGGUACAAGCAGCGGCAGCAGCGGCAACAGGAGCAUCGACAGAAGCCGGAGGAACAACAGAUAGAAGAGGAAGACGAAUAGGAAGAGGUGGAGGUGAUGACGAUGACGGGUACAAUCAUGGACACCGACCACCAUUCGAUUCUCUCACUCGCUAAAUUUCAAGCGUAGUCGAUCAAAGCUGUUCGAAUCAUCUUGAGUCGGUGACGAGGAUGAAUUCGGAGGAGAGAAGGUGGUGAAGGCAUCGAGCGAACAAGGAGGAGUGGACGCGGUCGUCGCGGUCUCUAAACGCGACAGAGCGCGUGUCGUUCGUGUGGGAUCGGAUCCCUCGGUGUGUGUCAGUGCGAAAGAAGACAAUUGACUCGCCGCCGUGCUUGCCGGGGGCCUUCUGACGUCACAUCCUGUCCUCUGGCUAGUCGCGAUCUCGUUUGGACCACGGCACGUCAAGCGAACGAACAACGAUGACCGACCACAACAAACGGAUCCUCAGGGUCCUCGUUUGGGCGAACGUUUACGCGAUGAUCCUGGCGAACCUAACCGAAUCGUCGGAAACGGACCUGUCCGACGAUACGGACGCGUUCACCACGACCAAGAGAACGUUUCCCGACAGGUGCCUGGUGAAAACUGAGCCAGGUCCGUGCAAACAGUACGUCCACAAGUGGACGUUUAACAAGACUGAGGGAAAAUGCAGGGUGUUCCCCUAUGGCGGCUGUCUUGGGAACGAGAAUCGCUUCAACUCGGAAGCUGAGUGCCUCCACUAUUGCGUAGGCGGUCCUGAACAUACGUUGCCGCCUUAUUUAGUAACAAAAGCGAGUGUGUUUGUGACGAGCACUGGGACAACAAGCACACUGCCUCCUACAACCACUCCGAGGGUAACGUUCUCGCCUACUGUACCGACGAGACCACCUGUACCGAAGUACAAAAGAGGGAAGGAGCUAACUUUCAUGGAGUCUGGGUACGAGAAGACCUUCAUGUUCGCCCAGAGCAACACGUUCAUCCAGCUUGACGGCAGUGGCAUCAAACCGUUCCAACUCAGACUGUGCCGCGAGAUAUCCUUCAAGUUCCGCACGAAGCUACCGCACGGUCUUCUGGUCUACCACAGCGUCAAGGAUCGACCAGAGGGUCUGGAUCCGUAUGCUCUGUACGUGAUCGUCGAGAAGGGUCAAUUAAAAGUUGUCCACGUGUUUGGAAAACGAUCGACUAGCUUGACGGUGGGCGAGGGCUUGAACAGGGACGAGUGGCACAGCGUUCUGGUGAGGAUAGACGUCCACGGUGCGAAAUUGAUCGCCAGAGUGGACGACAAACAGGAAGAGACCACCCUCAAAGUUCUGGAACACGUGAUCAAUUAUGGAGUCUCCGAGGAACUCGCGUCUGUCGUCCUUAUUGGAGGAUUGAGUUCCGAAGAGCGGCUGCACGGCGUGAAGUACAUAAUAGAAUCCUUCGUGGGAUGCAUAAGAGACAUGGUUCUCAGUUCAGGGAAAUCAGCCAGCGAUCUGUUACCCAUUCAACCUCUGAUCGCCACGAAGCACGAGAAUGUGAAAGAGGGCUGCAUCGACAAAUGCAGGACGCGAGAGAAUCUUUGCUUCAUUUCCACUCAGUGCGUGAAUCACUACAACAGUUUGACUUGCGACUGUUUUGGGACAAAGUACGAGGGAGAACGUUGCGAUGUGUACACGGCUACAAUUUUAACGCUGAGAGGCUCGUCGUACGUAUCCUUUCGCGUGUACGACUGGAAAGACAGAGUUCACUCAUCCGUCAACAGGAUAAGCCUUUCGUUCAAGACAAAGUGGGACGACUCGGCCCUAUUCUACGCAUCUGGCGAGAUCGAUGGGACCCCGCACUACGUGGCAGCCUCCAUCGUGAAUGGAUCGGUGCACGUCGCCCUAGAUUUCGGGCACAACUCGAAAAUUGCCACGGUGCUCGGUGAUUACAUCACUGCGAACCACUGGAACAAUCUCACGAUAUUCCACAACGGGACCCUGGUGUUCGUCAGCCUGGACGACGAGACGAAAGUGCUGGAGGUUCCUGGAGAAAAUUACAAUAUGAUCAUCGAUCCUGAAAUUUACAUCGGCGGCGGGCCCGAGCUGCACAAGAAGAAGGGUCUCCUUUCGCACAAUAAUUUCGCAGGCUCGCUGAAAUACGUUUUCUUCAACGACAAGUCCAUCAUCUACGAAUUGAAGCGAUCCAAUCCCAUGGUGCACUACAUUGGCGUCUUGGAGCCUGAAUAUUACGAGGCAGACGUCGACGUAAUUCCAAUAACGUAUCCCUUCGCUGGUAGCCAUAUUUGGUGGCCGAUAGAGCGAACCGACUCGCUGAAGUUGAAUUUCGAUUUCAAAAGUUAUAAGCCCGUGGCAGUGGUGGCGUCUGGUGACGUGAAGAGCAAUCGAGGCCUUGGAUACUGGGAGCUUCGUCUGGUCAACGACGAGAUCCGUUUCCAACUGAUCCCUGUGUUGUUGGAGAACGUGACGGUCUCGGCUGCCGUCAAGUUUCCACCGUACAACACAUCCUGGCACGCGGUUGAGUUGAAUUACACGAAAGGGGAGCUCAGCGUCCUGGUGGACUACAGGAACAAGCAGAGUAAGCUGUUCUCCAUGACCUUCGAGCUUGGCGACAAAGUGAUCAUCGGGAGUGGGAAGAGCAACGCAGGUCUGGUUGGCUGCAUGAGAGAAAUACGAGUGAACGAUGAGAGGAUAGAGCCUAGAUACGUUGUCAACACCGAAAGAGUCAUCGGAGAGGUUGCCUUGGACAACUGCCAGUUCGUGGACCCCUGCACGAGACCGAACACCUGCGAGCAUGGCGGCAAAUGCUCUGUAAAGGAGGACAGGAUCACCUGCGAUUGCACAGACACUGGGUACAUGGGGAAAAACUGUCAUUUCGCUCAAUAUAGAAAGACUUGCGAGGAGCUAGCUCUACUAGGCUACACCCUAGACGACGUCUACAAGAUCGACAUCGACGGAAACGGCAGAUUUCCGCCUGCCCUCGUGAAAUGCGAAUUUCAAUCCAUCGAGGACUCCACGAAAACCAUAGUGGAACAUAACUUACCCUCGCAGGUCGACGUGAGAUCCAUUUCCGAAUCUGACUUCUCCUUCAACAUCAAGUACAGACAGUUCACUGCCGAGAUGCUCCAGGAGUUGAUCUCACAUUCGUUAUACUGCAGCCAGUAUGUCAAGUAUGAUUGCUACAAAGCGCCUUUGGAGUUGCACAGUGCCACUUGGUUCCUGAGUUCGAAGGGAACUACCGUUGACUACAUUGGGAACGUCAACAGGGGCUCCUGUCCUUGCGGAAUGAACAGGACUUGCGUUGACUCGAAUCUGAGCUGCAACUGCGACGUUCUGGCUGGAAACGCUGGAAAGUGGUUAUCAGAUGAAGGUUACUACGAAACCCCGGACUCCCUAGGCAUCACAGGGAUGGUAUUCUUGCAACAGAGAGAUCUCGAGGAGGAUGCGCAAGGUCGAGUCACUUUGGGCCCGUUGGAAUGCGUUGAGACGAACACGCAGAAAUACGUGGUCACGUUCACAACCUCGCAGUCCUACAUCGAAGUGCCAGGCUGGCGUAAAGGAGACAUAGCCUUCAGCUUUCGUACAACCGGCGAGAAAGCCAUUCUGCUGUACCAACCACCGAUCAGGAGCAACUAUCCGUCCUUCAUGGUGGCACUCACCUCGGAGUACCGCUUGACGUUCAAUUUUACCCUGAACACUGGCACCGUGAGAGAUUUGCAGGUGAAGAGCGUACGAAAACUGAACAACGGCGAGUGGCAGAAGAUCUGGAUCGAUUACAACGACUACCAUGUCAGGUUCAUGAUCAACACCGAGUUCCAGAUGGUUGACCUGCUCCCUGAGGAGGAGUUCGGACCCUUCGAGGGUUCCAUGUUCAUCGGUGGAGCUACCGCGGAGCACUUGAGGACUUCCUCGGUCCGUCAGGGUCUCAUCGGUUGUUUUCGAGGUCUAGUCGUGAACGGUGAGAUUCUGGACAUUCACAGCUACAUGUCGGUCCACCUGUCCGAGAUUAUAAAGGACUGCAAACCCUCCUGCCAACCGAAUAAGUGCGAGAACGGCGCCAGGUGCGUAGAACUCUGGAGCAAAUUCGAGUGCGUCUGCGAGAACAGGUGGGCUCACCUUGGCACCUAUUGCGAAAGGAACAUAAACAACAAAGCUCUGACCUUCACGUCGCAAGCAGCCUUCUUGAAGAAGAACUACUUUGGGACGGAUGAACAGGACGAAGAGAAACAGUUGAUGAAGACUAUACUCUUGCAGAACAUCCUGAUCAACCUGAGAACCUACGACACUCACUCCUUGAUUCUCUACGCGAACGACCACCUGAACAACUUCGCCCACCUCUACAUCUCCAACGGGACGAGCAUCGUUUACCUCUUCAACGCUGCCAACGAGAUCAAAAACAUCACCGUCGAAUACCCAGGCGCAAACACGGGGAUCUCCGUGCAGAUCGCCAUAAUCCGAAACGAAAGGUCGACAACGUUGCACGUUAACGAGUACAACGUUACCCUGAACGCCACCCCUGUCCUGCUGGACACCUACUCCAACAAGCCCUGGACGAACCCUGAGAAAGAGGUCCUGGCACCUCAGAGGCCUCCGGCUCCGCCCAGCGACUACUUCCAGGUGAAUCUAGGAGGCUUCGACCCUGACGAUCUUCUAAGAGUUGGCAAAGAGGGAAUGCUGAUCAAAGGGUACGUCGGCUGUCUUCGUGGUCUGAUGAUAGGGGACUAUCUCGUGGACCUGCCCAGUUUAGCUAACGAGGCGAACCACGAAGGCAGCAGAGAGGUCCUGCACAAUUGCCAAAUGAAGUGCGACGCUGUGCCUUGCAAGAACCUGGGCAUCUGUACGGAGGACUUUGGCAGGCAGGAGUCCUCGUGCAACUGCGAGCUGACCUCCUAUUUUGGGGAGAAUUGUGCCGAUGAAAAGGGAGCAGACUUCAGCGGCGAGAGCGUUCUCCAGCGCGAGUUCGACAUCGUGGGGGAAGUGAGCCAGGUGAAGGUCCAACUGGCUUUCUCGACCAACGAGCUUCGACAGCACACCACGUCGCUUCUGCUCCUGCAAACGGAGAACAAAAGAAGCUACUACCUCCUGGUUGCCUUGACGUCGGAGGGCCAGCUGAUAUUCGAGGAGGACAGGGAAGGUUCCGCGUACGGAGUGCGACUGAACGACAGGAACUUCCUGAACGGGGCUCGUCACAGUGUCUACUAUGUUCGCGACAACCAUACAGCUACCCUGUUGAUCGACCGCGAACCGGUCCAGCUGCUGCCGAUCCCCGUGCUGAAUCUUGGCGACGACGAAGACGACACUCCAGGCGUGACGGAGAUUCAACUGGGCGGUUUGAACACGUCGGACUCUCGGUUCAGCGUGUACAAAGGAUACACCGGCUGUCUCAGCAACGUCGUGGUAUCGAUCAACGGAGGUCCUGGCAUGAAGCCACUCGAGGAAUAUAUGCUCUUUACGAAACAGGGAAGUGAAACCGUGAGAGCGACGAUGCCUGCUGGCGUCAGGAGCGCUCAGUGCGCGGUCUUUCACGCCCAACCACGUGGCCUCGACCCGCCUAGAAACGAUAGCGUGGGACGCGACAAAGCCUGGGUGGAGGACCCGCCCGAGAAGGUGCUAUACAAGUCCCAGUACGCCGACGCAACGCAGGAAGAACAGGGCGCGGGUACUUACAUCUUCAUAGGGCUGUGCUGCGUAUUCGUGACGGCGGUGAUCGGUUGCAUCUACGAGGUAUGGCGAAGCGCGAGGAAGGAUCGCCGCAACAGCAGAAGAGCGUCGGUGGUAUCGGGGACGUCCACGGCGGCGACGUCCAGCUCUCAACGAUGGCAGUCGCCGCAGUACGCGGAAUCGGUAACGACUGGGGUGAAAACGGUGGGCUUCAAGAACGUGAACGAAGACGAGAUGAGACCUAACGGUACGCACAUGAAGCCAACGAAAGAGUACAAACCAGUGCCCAACGCGGAGUCGAAAGACUCAGUUAACGAUAAAAGGGUACAUAUCAAAGCAGAUGAGGAACCAGAGAAGAAGGAGCUCCUAGGGGUAAAUACAGGCAUCAUCACUAAACCUCCGAAACCAAAUCCAUUCUCUAUGGAGGACCUCCAAGAGGAACCUGAACUAGAGGAAUGCGAAGAAGAGGAGGCAGGCGAGGAAUACGAAGACGAAGAGGACGAAGAGGACGACACGAAAUUGCAGAACCAAGACGAGGAGGAGGAUCAACCGAAAACAGAAAUUACAGACGACAAAGAUUUCGCGAAGUCGGCAAACACGCACAUUGUUAACAACAAACAACGAUCGACAAUCAAAGAUACGUCUCCAGAUCCUGCGAGGCCUUUGAUUCUCAAUCUGCAACCAAUCUAUCUAUCGGACGAUCUGAGAACCUUUGGAAGUCCACUCAACUAUCUUGGUGCACCGAAAUUUCAACCGAGAAACAGGAACUCUAUAGAAUCAGUAUUAUCCCUGGACUAAUCAUUAAUUCCCAGCGGAAUAAUUACACGAAAUCUUUUCUACUUUCACGGACAAUCAACGCUAAUACAAAGGACAAGGAUGAACAACCUUAAUUCAUUGUUACCGAGAAUUUGAACAGAUGUAUUCAAAUAAGGAAACUUUUUGAAACUGUGAGCGCACGAUAUACGAGAACGAAUUUCUAGAAUAAUUGUUUUAACAUAGUCUCGAAACUUGCAAUGGCAAGAUUAUAAUAUUAGCGAUAGAUGAUGCAUACAUUUCGAGUAUGAAAAUGUAGAUUGAGAUCAUCAACGUGAUUCUUUUCGUACUGAACGUCCAUCGAGAGAGGUACUCGUUCACAUUUCACGCGAUUAUCGAAAGAAAAUAAUAAAAUUAUUUCUGAUACGUUU